AAAACAACAACUGGGACAGGAAAGAACCACAAUUACAGCAAACAAAAAACAAAAAACAAAAAAAAACAGCGUGUGCUUCUUUAUUGCCUGGACAGCCCGACGACAGAAGAACACUUCUCCUAAAUAUAUAUAUUUUUAAGCGCUGCAUUGGCCGCUUCCUUUGAUUGUCAUUUUUCGUGUCGAGGUGCCUCUCUGCUCAGUGGAAUCCUACGAUGAAGCAGCUCUUCUGUGUGGAGUGGCUGUCCCAGAGCAGCGAUCGCCCCCCCUGCCCGGCUCUCCCUGAACCCCAGGAGGGGCCGCUGCCGGGGACCCCCCAGGAGAGCCUCCCCGGCUUCUACGCGAAGGUGGGCGCAGGUUUGGGCGCGCAACAGCAGCCGCCUCAGAGCCUAGCUGACUCGGACACCCCGCUGCAGUCGCCCGGAUUCCCGACGGGUCAGAGGAACCGACUCUGCACCGCAGCCGUGAGCGACGCAGCUUCGGUCAGCAGCGCGGACGAGACGUCAGGGUACGAGAGCGAGGGCUGCCGCUCGGUGUCCCCGGUCUACCCACUGUCUCCCCCCAGGCAGGGCAGCCCCGGACCCGGCGGGGACGCGCACUCUGAGCCCCCGGGAGGGCCGAGCCGGCGCCCCCGCACCGCCUUCACCGCGGAGCAGAUUAACCGGCUGGAGAGGACAUUCAAGAAGCAGAGCUACGUGGGGACGAGAGAGAAAGAGGAGCUGCGGAAGAAAUUGAACCUGUCCGAGAAGCAGAUCAAAAACUGGUUCCAGAACCGCCGCAUGAAGCUGAAGAGGACCCUGCAGGACGCUCUGGCCCAGGCCUGCCACGCCAAGGUGGCUUCCCAGCUCCUGCACUACCCCGAGCUCCAGGCUUACGGCCCGGGCCCCUUCGCUGGCUAUUACCCGGCGCAGGACGGCACGGCAGCGUACCUGUCAGCGAUGCAGUACCAAGCGCCGCUUGUGAGCGCGCUCCCGGCCCUGCCCAUGGAGGCGGCCGUGUACCCCUACGGCGUGCCAUCAGGAGUGGUCAUACCGGCAACCAGCGCCGGUCCCGGUAACGGCAAUAUGAUGCGGAGAUACCACCCGUACGCACCCUAUUACUGACAGGACCGCCGCACCGAGAGCCGAUAACCAGCUAUUGUUGGCUUCUCUGUUGAUGUAUAGCGCUCUGGGAAAGCGGGCGGCUGCUUUGAGAGACCAGAAACAGUUUCAAAUAUGAUCGCAAACCCGCUUUGAUACCCUCCAGCUAGGAUGGUAACAAAACUCCCAUUGGAUUGCAGUUUGAUCCAUUCCUGGUUUUAUUAAGGGUUUAAUAAUAAGACACACCUGGGCUUGUUGCCUAGACACACUGUGGCUCAUCAAGCUGGUGGUAAAACCUGGAAUGGGUGACGCUGCUGUGCAAUAAGAGUCUCGUUUCCAUCCACGUUGGGUUUAGUAGCCCAAUUUUAAGGACAGUGCAACAUACAGCUGCUUAUAAGUGCUCGCUAUGGCUGUGCUCUGAUUCUUGAUUGACAGUGAAGGAUUUUGACAGGAUCUGUGUAGAUGGGUGUUUGGUUUGCAGUUCAAGCGGAUACAGUGCAAUAUUGGUUUCUUCUGUUAUAAUUAUUACGAUUGUUUUUUUUUAAAAAAAUGAUAUUCUAUUUAAGAUACAAAGUGUAUAUAAUGUGUUUGUGGGGUUUUCUUUUCUAAAGAAAAAUC